CCGGGGAGGCGGUGACGUGGCUGCCAUGGCAACGUGGCCCGCCCGCGCGGCGGCCCCUCCCCAUCCCUGCCUGCAUGAGGCGGAAGGGGCCGCCGGGGCCGUGGCCGUGGCUAGUGAUGGCCAGCGCUCUGCUGGCCCUGCUGGCCCUGCUCUGGGGCUCGCAGGUUUUAAAAGCAUUUGAUUACCCCUCUCCCUGGAAGGGACAGCAACAGAUGUACAAGCUGGACAUAGGCUGGCCUAAAAUUCCAGAAUAUUUCACUGGUCAAACAUUUUGUGUUGCUGUUGACUCUUUUCAUGGUUUGGUCUAUGUGGGACAAAGGGGAGAUAAUGUACCAAAGGUACUUGUAUUCUCAGAGGAAGGCUAUUUUCUUUACUCAUGGAAUAAUACAGUUGAAAUGCCUCAUGGUAUCUUUGUAUUGAACACCGCAACAGAUAGUUCAGUAUGGAUCACAGAUGUUGGAACAGGGAAAUAUGGGCACACUGUGAAACAGUAUAGCCCUUCAGGUAAACUGAUGCAGAUCUUGGGCACGCCAGGCAAUGCUGGUUCAAGUUUGAUUCCCCUACAAUUUGACCAACCUGCAGAGAUCUUUGUCGAGGAAACUGGAGAUAUCUAUGUUGUGGAUGGAGACGGAGGAAUGAAUAACAGAUUGCUCAAACUAUCCAAUGAUUACAAAGAGAUAUGGCUGACUGGAACAAAUGGGACCGGCAUUGGUCAGUUCAAGAUUCCUCACAGUGUAACACUGGAUGCUUUUGGACGGGUAUGGGUUGCAGACAGAGACAACAAAAGAAUCCAAGUUUUUGAUAAAAUCACAGGAGAAUGGCUUGGGUCUUGGAGCAGCUGUUUUGCAGAGGAUGGACCCUAUUCUGUCAGAUUUACUGCCAAUUACAAAUACCUGAUUGUAGCUCAGAUGAAUAUCAACCGGUUAGCAAUCUUGGCGGCGCCACCGGUUGGCUCUAUUGGGGACUGUAUUAUGGUCAACACAGUCCAGCUGGCAGAUGAAACCAAACCACACCUUGUGGAUGUAGACAUGAAGAGUGGAGCAGUCUAUGUUGCAGAGAUUGGAGCCCAGCAAGUACAAAAAUACAUACCCUUAAGCUGAUGGUUUGCCACAAGUCCUGUGGCACAAGCUGGGUCACCUGUAAGACGUAUGACCACAUUUCCUUGAGUUUUCUGUGGCUUGUGUUUCCUUAGACAAGCGCAGAACAUUGUGCUCCCGGAACUGCAGAGCUAAGAAUCUGUCCUAGCUGUUCUGCAGUCCUGGAGAAGUACUUGGUCUGGAGCUGUUACUCAUUUUAGUAAUGCUAUGGUGGCUUUUGCUUUUGUUGCUGGGAAUCGUAAAAUGACUUUGAUAAGCAUCUUAAUUUUAUUAUAUAAAACUUUACAAACACAGCUGCUGUUCUUAAAUGUAUGGGGUCAUCCUGGGGCUGCUGUACUUAGCCCGUAUGUGGUGUUAAAUGAAGGUCAGAAGUGUCUGAAUGAAGUGUAUAGAUUUCCUGGGAGGUGAAUGCCUCAUUAUAAUGUUUCUUCACCUUUUUUUUUUUUUUUUUUAAUUAAAUCAUUGUGCUGAUACCGAAUAUAGGGAUGAAUUAUGAUAUUGUAUAAGAUGCUGCUGGAUACUGGUGUCAGUGCUGAUGCUGGCAUCUGCCUUAGGUGGUUAAUAACAUAAGCAUUGAAAUACAAGUUUUCAGCUCUAGCUAAAUGGUAAAGCCUGUAAUAAGCUGUCGUGGUUUAACCCAGCCAGCAGCUAAAACAACCACACAGCCGUUUGCUUGCUCCAACGCCCCCACAGUGGGAUGGGGUGAGAAUCGGGGGAAAAAAAAAACAACAACAAACUCUGGGGUUGAGAUAAAGACAGUUUAAUAGGACAGAAAAGGAAGUUGGUAAUAAUAAUGAUAACAAUAAAAGAAUAUACAAAACAAGUGAUGAACAGAUGAGGCUUUGGGCUUUGGUCUAGUGGAGGGUGUCCCUGCCCAUGGCAGGGGGGUUGGAACUAGAUGAUCUUUGAGGUCUUUUCCAACCCAGGCCAUUCUGUGAUUCUAACAGCACAAUUUCUCACCACCUGAAGCUGAUGCUCAGCUAGUUCCAGAGCUGCCUUGCUUAAUUGAUAUCAGGCACUACAAACUAACUUAAAAGUAUGUGCAGAGCAGCCAAGUACUGAUUCUUAACUAAAUCAAUUCUUAACUUGAUUUGAUUUAUAUCAGCAUGAGUUUUCUGUUCCAGAAGAUUUCAUAGUGCAACAUAUUGAAGUUCAACUCAUUUAAGUUCCUCAAGAUAAACAAAUUGCAAUUUGCCAGGAAAGUCUUAAUUGGCAUUAGGGACUGUGAGACCCGUGAUUUUCUUCCAAUUUUAUUGAAGCUGUCUUGGUUAGCAGCAGCACGUCUGUUUGAUUUGGGAAUUUUUAACUAUUUUAUAUCCAAAACUUCGACUUUAUCAACUCCAUUAAUAUCUAGAUUUAAGUUUCUUAUGCUGUAUCCUAGCAGAUGUCUCCAAGCUCUGUCCUAAAAAAUGCCAUCUCUUUCUAUUCCCAGUCCAGAGUGGUUCCAUUUUGUUUGCACGUUGCGACAAGAUUUUUAGUUCACUUAUAGUAGAGGGAACUGGGUGUAGGAAAAUGGGAAGGGGAAAAUGGUAUGGCAGAAAUGAGACAGUGAGUAACUGAUGACCUCUGUAAAGCUGUGGACCCACAUUCCAUAUUUAUCUACUAGCUUUUCAAAACAUUUGGGAGGAUUUUUGCUGUUUCCACACAUUUAUUUUACUGUGUGGACUACUUUAAGGCUAAUUACCAGCUAAGAGAGGCAAUUUUUUUUCAACUUCCUUAGAAAGGGAAUAUGGGAAAUGGAAUUAUUCUGAUGUGAAAUAACCACUUCAGUGAAUGCUAUCAAAAGCAAAUGCAUCUUAAUUUGGCAGGUUUCAAGCUAGAAUCACAAAUUUCUGGGUCAGCAGAUGGGAAAAGUGUCCAGAAAAGUCAGAUUUGUAUUUUCUGUAGAAAGUAAGUCAGCUGUGGAGCCUGAUGGCCUGAUUUCAGUACUAUUUGAGAUUAAUGCACUAAAUAUGACAACAACUUUGUUGCUGGCUACAUCCACAAUAACAAAAGCAGAUCUAACCUGGCUGCCCUCAUGCAAGCCGUAGAACCAGAACUUCAGGGUUAUACACUAGCAAAUACAAUCCAUCAUUCACAUGGUCUUGAAUGGGAGCCAGUAAGCAAUAUUUAUUAGCUGAAAAAGUAGCAGUACUUCCUCUAGACCUAGAUGUACAGGUCCACAUUGCUUUGCAGUGUGUUGUGUGGAUUUUCUAACUAGGUCUCCACUAGCUCAGGGAUCUCUGCUUUGUGUGCAAUUUAGCUAUUUCUCACCUACACAAGGUGGAUUUCUUUUUAAAAAUAUUAUUGUAAUAUCAUUAACUAUAUUUGAGUUUGUCUUGGUGGUGUAAGGGGUCCAGGCACAUCCAUCCUUCCUCACCACAUCCUCUCCUUAUUUAUUUUUCCUUUGUCACAUCCAUUUGAAACUGGACUCGAAGCUCUCUGGGAACAUGCUUCUGUGUUCAGUAAAGGAUUAGUGCACUUUUGGAUGUUGAUGAAUAAGUUAUUUCUACAAGGUUCUGUUUGCUGCAUGGAUCUGCUAUCAACUCUCUUUUUACAUAGGCUUUUGCAACCCCUAGAAAUGGGCAGCAUUCAUCCAGUUUUGCCUGGCUUUAUUGAAGCACGCCACGGUGCCAAAAUGUGCCUUGCCUCUCUAGGCAUUUGGGUGUCUGUGAUAAGAAGGGAUGCUCGUUAUUAACUAGUAUGAGAUGCUUAGACUCCUUUUUACCUCUGGUGUCUAUCACCAGACUGAGAAAAUGAUUGAUUUGUGCACUAACUUGCUAAUUCUCUGAAGGUUUUCUUAUGUAUCAUCUUGAAAUUGAUUUCUGAAAAAUUGCAUAGUAGGAUAAUUUGAUAAAAUAAAUUGAGAAUUUCCUGUUAUGAAA